GCUGGGUGGGGACUAGUCCCUGGGCUGCAGGCGCUGCUGCUACACAGACUCACUACGGCUGCCGCGCAGUGGGCAGCUCCUACUACUGCGGGGCUGGGCUGGGCGGGCUGCGCCGGAGCUCGCCUGCACUCGGCGGCGCGGAGGGCGGAGGAGAGCCACUCUGCUCGGACCGGCCUCGGGAGCCAAGGUUGUUGGUUGAACUACAUGUGACAGAGACCUGAUUUCACAGUGACUGACAAAAGCUAGAAGUUAUUUGUCUUUCACAUAACAGUCCAGAAGUGUGUGGUCCAGGGCUGGUAAGGUAACGCUCCUUGACAAGAUCGCCCAGAGACCCAGCCAGAUCUGCCAGUGAGCCUCAGGCUUUGGAAAUUGAAGAGUGUAUCUGAAACCCGCCCAGCGUUCCAAUGGCCAGCAACAACACCGCCAGCAUAGCACAAGCCAGGAAACUGGUAGAACAACUGAAGAUGGAAGCCAACAUCGAUAGGAUAAAGGUGUCCAAGGCAGCUGCAGACUUGAUGGCCUACUGUGAAGCGCAUGCCAAGGAAGAUCCCCUCCUGACACCUGUUCCGGCUUCAGAAAACCCAUUUAGGGAGAAGAAGUUUUUCUGUGCUAUCCUUUAAGUCUUCGGGAGGAACCUGAGGAGCCUCGGGGCUCCAGGGACACUGAUGUAGAGUUUUUAGCAAAGUGGGCGCCUUUCUAGUCCACAGCAUUUAAAGAGAGGGAGGAGAACCAUCCUGGAGUCUCCAGGCUUAUGCAUGUUUAAAGAACUGGUCCCCUUUAUGAGUAUGAAAGCUGAUCCACACCCCAAGUUAAGAGAUCUGAUGUCUGGAGAACUGCCUAGAGGAGGGGAAUAUGUAAAGAUAAAAUUGAUGUCAUUUCUUUCCUGCUAUCCCUCCCCAAACCUUAUGUUUCUGCUUCAUAUUUAAAAAAAAUAAAAAUUAAAACAGACAGCUGUACUGAACUCAGAUAUGUAUGACCUUCUUGGAAUGAAUAUUGCCUUUAGAAUACCCUUUGACAAGCUGAGUCGUCCAGUGUAGCGUGGUUCGGUUCAAUGGCAUUGAUGUUUCGUCUUUGUUUCUUAUUUUUUUCCCUUUUCCCCCACCCUUCCCUCCACCCCUCUCCAUUAGAGUAGUGAAGAGAUAGGCUGGAUUUGUCUGUAAGACUGAACUCGAAGGAUAAGCACCCAAAGGGUUUAGAGAUGUUCCCCGUGGUUUAUCCUCAUGGUAAUAACAACAACAAAUGCCGGUUGUCUGUGUUCUUUUAUCACUAUUCCUAACAUUUGUACAUGAUAGCUUUGAUUCUGCAAGUAAAAGUAAAUCAUGUGUUGUGACUGGUGCUUACAUAUAUUUGUGACAGUUUUUGAGUAAUACUGCAUGAAAAUGUCCCCAUGUUACAUCCAUUCAGAAGUUUUGUUGUUUUACUAUAAAGUUUGGAAAAAGAAUAAAAGAGAAAUAAAGCUAGGGAGGACAAGACUCAGUAUCUUGAAAACUGAGAUGACUUCACAGCCUUAGCCAUUCCUAAAAUACCUCCUAGUUAACAAAGGCGUCAGUGCUUCUUCAAUGUAUUUUACAGAAUCCAAAGCAUUUUGAUUUGAUCCAGGAUCCAGGGCAGCACACGUUGCAACAAGCAACAGAAGCAAGGAUUCACCUUGAGUUGGGAAGUGCUGUGGUCACAGAGUCAGAGCAAAUUCCCUUUUUCCCUGAGUCGCCAAAAUUCUAGAGUGAAGGAAGGCUUUCUGUGCUCUUCUUAACAAGAAAAAACAUGGCCCUCAUUUGUUCAAGUAUCAAGAAGUAACCCUUGACUCCAAAUCAAAUCCACUCUCAGAAUCCAGCGAGGAAGGGUCAGGUGCCACCCCAAGCAGCUCCACCAGAAACAGUUCUGGCUCUUUUUUCCACUGAGAUAGCCUUUGUUUUUCACCUAAAUUCUCAAUAGAGUCUUUUCUUUGUGUUUAUUCUCCGCUUUGUUGGUUAGAGCCUCUCUGCCUUUGUUUACAACUUCCUUGCGGCUCUAGCUCUCUCUUCCCAAGAGAUGUGUUGAAAGUGAUUUUUUUCUUUGUGGCUCCAGCCUCCACCAGUAAUGGGAAACUUGGAAGUCUUUCUCACUUUUUUCAGUGUUGUUCCUAGGCAGAUGAGGGCUCUCUUACAACUCUUUUUAUUUUGAAAUUCCAAAAGACGAUUUCUGAAUUAAUUUUAUUCUCUUUCCAUUCUCUUCCUCCCAUUAAAAAAAAGUGGGGGAGGGCAAGGAAGGAAAAAAAGAAAAUAAAAAUCUGCCCAGGGACAGAUUUUGAAAGAAACUUGAUAAAUACUUUGCUUAGCUUCUUGUAUGGGCAUGAGGGUAAAACAAUACAUAAAUUCAAUUAAAACUCAUAUCUUGCGGGGAGAAUAUUAAGACAUUGUGAAAUUCAUGAAUGCACUCCUGUAACCAGAUACUUCUGUUCAAACUUGGAUUUUGUUACAGUCAGUGGGACUCUGAUGAAGAUUUAGUGGGGGAAAAACCCUGGCAGAGUAUUUAUUAAACUACAGUAUUGUACUAUUGGCUUACUAAUGCUAUAGAAUCAACUAAAACCCAACCACAUUUUUAAAACAAGCCAAAAUAUGAAUUGAAUAUGUGAUCACAUAAAAAAAACAAGUGUGAAUAAAGCACUCUGUGGUGGUGAUUAAGGCAUCAUUUUAAGACCCUGAUGCUUUUCAUAAUCCACACCAUUUAUUUUUCUCAGAAGGAGUCUCUAUAUUUUCAUGUAAAGCUGGAUCUUUGGAGCAGUGAAAAUGGAAUUAAUACUCAUAGGAAAACAGCUCUGUUAAUUAAAAUUUAAGGAAGUGUCAAACUGCAUGUGACCUUGUUUAUCAAAGAAAGAAGGCAGAAAAUACACAGGUAUUUUGAAAUUAAGUUUAAGAAAAAUGUUUG